AUGAGGGCGAUUCAGGUCAAAGAGUACGUCAAAGGUCCUCUCGACCUCCGGGUCACCGAGUUGCCUACCCCAUCCCCUUCACCAGACAAGUACUUGAUCGAGGUCCACUCGGCAGGAACCAAUUUCUUCGACCUGCUACAGAUCCAGGGGAAAUACCAGCACCAGCCGCCCCUUCCCUGGAUCGGAGGCGCCGAGUUCGCCGGCACGAUCCUCGCUGUGCCAACCAGCCAGAAGAAGACCCAAUUCAAGGUCGGGGACCGGGUGUUUGGCGCGACGCAGGGCGCCUACGCCACGCACGCACUCGCGCCUGAGGCGUCGCUGCUCCCCGUCCCCGCUGGCUGGAGCUUCGAGGAUGCCGCCGGCUUGUUUGUGACUGCGCCGACCUCGUACGGCGGUCUGGUGCAUCGGGCCAAUGUCCAGCCGGGUGACUGGGUCCUUGUGCAUGCGGCGGCGGGUGGAGUCGGGCUGGCCGCGGUGCAGAUUGCCAAGGCUAAGGGGGCGACUGUGAUUGCGACUGCGGGGACGGAGCGCAAGAGACAGGUCGCGCAGGAGUUUGGAGCGGACUAUGUGAUUGAUUACCGCAAUCAGAAGUGGCCUGAGGAGGUGAAGAAGUUGUGUGCGCAGCACCGCACAGGGAAUGGGAAGGCCGGUGUGGACAUUGUGUAUGAUCCGGUUGGCAUGAUCGAUGCCAGUCUCAAGUGCGUGGCCUGGAAUGCGCGGUUGCUGGUGAUUGGGUUUGCGGCCGGGAAGAUCGAGAAGGUCGCGCUGAACCGGGUGCUGCUGAAGAACGUCAGUCUUGUCGGGUUGCACUGGGGCCAGUACGCCAAGUUUGAGAAGGAGACGGUAGGCGUCGUCUGGAAGGGAAUCUUCGAUCUGGUGGCCCAAGGCAAGUUCAGAGGGACAGCCUUCACAGACGAAAGCUUUGUGGGAUUGGAGAGUGUGCCCAGAGCCUUGCAGGCUCUCGGAAGCAGAGAAACCUGGGGUAAAGUAGUGGUGAAGGUCAUUGAUGAUGAGGCGAAGAGUAAGCUGUGA